AUGCUUCUUAUCUUGUACUUCUAUUUCUUCAACACAGGUUUACAAAACCAGAGUGUGAUGUAUGUGCAGGACUCAUUGGAGGGUGAAGCCAAAGUCUUUCUGGAUCCCAAUAAACUUUCUGAAGAUGGAACUGUUGCUUUGCAAGGCUAUGCUUUUACUGAAGAUGGAGAGUACUUUGCUUAUGGUCUAAGUGCCAGUGGCUCUGACUGGGUGACUAUUAAAUUCUUGCAAGUUGAAGGACCUGUAGAGCUACCAGAUGUACUGGAAAGAGUUAAGUUUAGCUGUAUGUCAUGGACCCAUGAUGGAAGGGGAUUGUUUUACAAUUGCUAUCCUGGGCAAGAUGGGAAGAGUGAUGGUACAGAAACCUCAAGCAAUCUGCAUCAGAAGCUGUAUUACCAUGUUUUAGGAACCAGUCAAACAGAGGACAUUUUGUGUGCAGAAUUCCCCGAUCAUCCCAAGUGGAUGGGUGAAGCUGAGGUUUCUGAUGAUGGCCGGUAUGUCUUGCUUUCUAUCCGAGAGGGCUGCCUUCCAGUGAACAGACUUUGGUACUGUGAUUUGCAGCAGCUUUCAGGUGACAUUUCAGGAAUACUUCCCUGGGUAAAGCUGAUUGAUAAUUUUGAUGCAGAAUAUGAAUAUAUUACCAAUGAGGGUCUUGUAUUCACCUUCAAGACCAAUCUGAAAUCUCCACGCUACCGCUUAAUCAACAUAGACUUUUCUGAUCCUGAUAUGACAAAAUGGAAAGUGCUUGUUGCAGAACAUGAUAAAGAUGUUUUGGAAUGGGCAGCAUGUGUCCGAUCCAAUUUUCUGGUUUUGUGCUAUCUCCACGAUGUGAAGAAUGUUCUUCAGUUACAUCAUCUUGCAACGGGAGCACACCUUAAAACCUUCCCUCUGGAGCUUGGUAGUAUUGUGGGUUACAAUGGUCGUAAAAAAGAUUCAGAAAUAUUUUACCAGUUUACAUCGUUUCUGUCUCCAAGUAUCAUUUAUCACUGUGACCUAACCAAAGAAGAUCUGGAGCCAAGAAUAUUCAGAGAGGUGACGUUAAAAGGAUUUGACCCAUCUGAUUAUCAAACAAUUCAGACAUUUUAUCCUCUUAAGGACAGCCUGAACAUUCCACGUUAUGUGGUACAUUUGAGAGGUAUAAAGGUGGAUAACAGUCAUCCAAGUUUCCUUUUUGCCUAAGGUGGUUUCAACAUCAAAUCUAAACCAAAUUUCAGUGUUUCAAGACUUAUCUUUGUGAGACAUCUGGGUGGUGUUUUAGCAGUGGCCAACAUCAGAGGAGGUGGGGAGUAUGGAGAGACAUGGCACAAAGGUGGUAUGCUUUCCAACAAGCAGAACUGCUUUGAUGAUUUCCAGUGCGCUGCAGAAUAUCUCCUCAGAGAGGGAUAUACAUGCCAGAAGAAGCUGACAAUUAAUGGAGGUUCGAAUGGUGGACUGUUAGUUGCUGCUUGUGCAAACCAGCGUCCUGACUUAUUUGCGUGUGCAGUAGCACAAGUUGCAGUUCUUGAUAUGCUCAAGUUUCAUAAGUUUACGAUUGGUCAUGCAUGGACAACAGACUAUGGCUGCUCAGAGAAGGAAGAAGAGUUUAAUUGGCUGUUCAAAUACUCUCCACUUCAUAAUAUCAAGGUACCAGAGGGUAAUGGAGUUCAGUAUCCAGCCAUCCUUUUGCUGACAGCAGACCACGAUGACCGAGUGGUGCCACUACACUCCUUGAAGUAUAUAGCUACACUGCAGUAUUUUGUAGGGUGGAAUUUAAAGCAGGAAAACCCACUUCUCAUCCAUGUUGAUACCAAAGCAGGACAUGGGGCAGGAAAACCCACAACCAAAGUUAUUGAAGAAGUGUCUGACAUGUAUGCCUUUAUUGCUCGAUGUCUCAAUCUAAGCUGGAUUCCUUAAGGGAAAAAAAACUGCUGUUGCUAUUGUUACAGAAACCAAGGGCUUUGAUGUCAUUAGGAAAAUGGGUCAUCCCAGGAAGCAAAGUACUUAAGUUUAAUAGUUGAUCACUUUAAUCGGACCUAUUGGGAAAGACUGCUGUUACUGUAUUUGCUCUCUAGAAAUUUUUUUAUAUAUUGAUCCAGUGUGUACUGUAACACAAAACACUACUAUGCAAUGACUUCAGAAUUCAGCAUUAUGUAAUAUUGUGUAACUUAUAAACUGUAAAAGUAUGUGAAGACUGUCCUAUAACUUCAAAUCAUGUGGUCUUUUUUACGUCAGCCUGAAACUUCAGUUAAGUACUUUGUAGACCAAUUUUGAACUUGUAAUCUGUGAGUGGUUAGAGACUUUAGUAAACAAGAACUUUUUCAAAAUGUGCAGUGUUCUAAAUUGUAUUUACCCCGACAGUUCUGUAGAAUUGUAGGAGCAGAGCAAGUUUAAAAGUAAGCCAAUCAUGUGAAUUUUUGUCUUUACUGUUCCACAGGUUUUACAUCAGUUCAGUGCUAAAAUGUGUGCUGACAUAAAAUCUGCAGUAGUCGUCUUUUAACAACAUAAAGCCCUUUUCUCAAAAAUUUUAACACAAGUGUAAUCGGAUGGUCUAUAAAUAAAAUGUUUGUAUAAAA